AGGAUAUGAGCCCCGGCGGCAGGGGGGAUGGGAAACCUCGGGCGACCGCCCACCGCCUCAAAGCUGCGACCCGACUGCCCCGCCCACUGCUGCCUCCAGAGCCGGGUGCCACCCACUCCGGAGACUGAAGGGUCGCUCGACCCAGACGUCCGGGAUUUCUGUACCGCGUCUUGAGAGACCUCGAAGUCCAGACCCCCGCGUCCGGGCUAAAGGACCCUCAGGUGGCCAGCGCCCCCUCCUGGAGGUGGCAGGAGUCCGGCACAUCAGCCCCGGUGGGACCCUGGAGGCCGAGCGUCUCGAACCCCGGUCUGAAGAACUCAGGAUCUAGAACUGUAAUUCGCUCAAGCGGUUCCCAGAAAUCCGAGUGCAAGAGACCUUCGAGUUGGAAGAACUUAGGGUUCGGACCUCUAGCCCCCCAACAAGUCUGUUUGGGGCUGCAGCGUCCCCCAUUUCAAGGGGACCCAGGAGUUUGGGACCCCGUGCGCUCCCGCUUCGAGGUGGCUGCUGUGUCACUCAGCCAUGCCUGAAGGGGCCCGGGGACUCAGCUUGUCCAGACCCAGCCUCGGGUGUGGCCACAGAGGCGAAGCCUGCGACUGCCCAGCGGUGUGUGAGACUCGGACAGCCCCUGCCAUGGCCUCCCCGCGAGGUUCUGGGAGCUCCACCUCCCUGAGCACAGUGGGCUCUGAAGGGGACCCAGCCCCAGGGCCCACCCCAGUCUGCUCAGCCUCCAGGCCAGAGCCCCUGCCGGGGCCCCCUAUCCGCCUGCAUCUGUCACCUGUGGGGAUCCCGGGUUCAGCAAAACCCUCAAGGCUGGAGCGUGUGGCCCGAGAGAUCGUGGAGACUGAGCGGGCCUACGUCCGGGACCUCCGCAGCAUCGUGGAGGACUACCUAGGCCCUCUGCUGGACGGCAGCGGCCUGGGGCUGAGCAUGGAGCAGGUGGGCACGCUGUUUGCCAACAUCGAGGAUAUCUACGAGUUCAGCAGUGAGCUCUUAGAGGACCUGGAGAGCAGCAGCAGUGCGGGGGGAAUCGCCGAGUGCUUUGUGCAGAGGAGCGAGGAUUUUGACAUCUACACUUUAUACUGCAUGAACUAUCCCAGCUCCCUGGCCCUGCUCCGGGAGCUGUCGCUGUCCCCGCCAGCAGCCCUGUGGCUGCAGGAGCGCCAGACCCAGCUUCAUCACUCACUGCCCCUGCAGAGCUUCCUGCUGAAACCGGUUCAGCGCAUCCUCAAGUACCAUCUGCUGCUGCAGGAACUAGGCAAGCACUGGGCAGAAGGCCCGGGUGCUGGAGGCCGUGAGAUGGUGGAGGAAGCCAUUGUGUCUAUGACAGCAGUCGCCUGGUACAUCAAUGACAUGAAGCGCAAGCAGGAGCACGCGGCACGCCUCCAGGAGGUACAGCGGCGGCUAGGAGGUUGGACCGGCCCAGAGCUCAGUGCUUUUGGGGAGCUGGUGCUGGAAGGUGCUUUCCGAGGUGGCGGAGGGGGCGGCCCCCGGCUUCGAGGCGGGGAACGGCUGCUCUUCCUGUUCUCUCGGAUGCUGCUUGUGGCCAAGCGCCGGGGGCCCGAAUACACAUACAAGGGCCACAUCUUUUGCUGCAACCUGAGUGUGAGCGAGAGCCCUCGAGACCCUCUAGGGUUCAAGGUGUCCGACCUGACCAUUCCCAAGCACAGGCACCUGCUUCAGGCCAAGAACCAAGAAGAAAAAAGGCUGUGGAUUCACUGUCUCCAGCGCCUCUUCUUCGAGAACCACCCCGCCUCCAUCCCAGCUAAGGCAAAACAAGUCCUCCUUGAAAACAGCCUGCACUGUGCUCCGAAAAGUAAGCCUAUCUCAGAGCCCCCAACACCCCCGCUCGGGUCUCCCCUACCUCAAGAUACUAAAACUUUCACCCCUGGCCGGAGAAACACAGCGCCAUCUCCGGGACCCCUGAGCAGCCGCCGUGGCCGCAGGCAGUCUGAGCCGGUGAAGGACUCUUUUGUCGAGUUUCCACAGAAUGCUAAGCCUAUAUUCAAGCAUGCUGGCAGUGAAGGGGAGCUCUAUGCCCCCUCAGAAUCACAGCCACCAGUGUCAGUUCCUGCAUCCGCUGAAGACCUGGAGGAUGCUGGGCCCCCCACACUGGACCCCUCUGGAACCUCCAUCACUGAAGAAAUCCUGGAACUGCUGAAUCAGAGAGGCCUUCGGGAUCUGGGGCCAGCCACCAAUGACAUUCCCAAGUUCCCUGGAGAUUCCCAGGUGCCAGCCGACAGCGAAACCCUCACAUUCCAAGCCCUGCCCAGCCGAGACUCUUCAGAAGAGGAGGAGGAGGAAGAGCUGGAGCCGGAUGAACGGGAGCCUUCCCCACUCCACGUCUUAGAGGGGCUUGAGAGUUCCAGUGCAGUUGAAAUUCCCGACAUUCCCAGCCUUGCCAAGAUUCCUGACGUACCCGACCUCCCUGAAAUUCCCGAAGUUCCCCACCAUCCCAGUCUCUCUGACAUUCCCAGUGUUUUUGAAAUGCCCCGCCUUCCAGCCAUGCCUGACGUCCCCGAUAUUCCCAGUCUUUCUGAUUCUCCUGCCCUGCCCGGUGACUCCUGGUUCCCCGGGCCUCUGCAGGAGCCGGCUGAGGCACUGACCACCAGGAGAGAACUGUUCCCAGGAAGCAGUCCUGGAAAACCGGGAGAGCCUACUUCAGGAAGCAGGGUCGGGCAGGCUGAGGAGGAAGAAGGGGUAGUGUUCCCAGAUUUCCAGCCUCAGGCUAUUGCCCAAACUCAGGGAUUCCCAGGUGAGCUGGAAUUCCGCUCUUGCUCCGAAAUCCGGAGUGCCUGGCAGGCAUUGGAUCAGGGGCAGCUGGCCCGGGCCCGGCCAGGCUUCCCAGAGCCACUGCUGAUCCUGGAGGACUCGGAUCUGGGUGGAAGCAGUGGGAGUGGGAAGGCAGGAGCCCGGCAUUCGGAGCGGGCAGCAUCCCGUGUGCGAGAACUGGCCCGGCUCUACAGUGAGCGGAUCCAGCAGAUGCAGCGGGCCGAGACGUGGGCAUCGGCCAAUGCCCCCCGCCGCAGGCCACGGGUCCUGGCCCAGCCCCAGACAACCCCCUGCCCGCCCCAGGAACAGGCCGAGCCUGGGCCCUUUCCCGCCUUUGGACACGUGUUGGUAUGUGAGUUGGCCUUCCCGCUGACCUGUGCCCAGCAGUCUGUCCGCCUGGGCCCUGCUGCCCGUAUUCAAGCUGCCACACCCUUGACUAAACAGAGAGGCCACCUGGGUGGCCAGAGUCUAAAUGCUUCAGAUUUGCCUGAGCAAGACCAACUGGACAUCCACAUUCCGGCUCCUCCAGCCUUGCCUGAGCAAGGAGCGCUCCACGGUGUCCCGACCCCAGCCACGUCACCCAGGCAAGGAGGCCCUGCAGACACCCAGCUUCCAUCGGUUUCAACUUUGCCUGAUCAAAGCCACCUGGAGAUCGGAGUUCCAGCUGCCACUCCUGUGCCUGAGCCUAGAAGUGACGUGGAUAUACAGGUUUCAUCCACGAGCUGCUCUUCUGGUCAAGGGUGCCAUGUGGACAUCCAAAUUCCAACCACUCCAGCCGUGUCCAAGCAGGGAAGUUGUCCUGAGAUCAUAGUUUUAGCCACCACUCCUUUCGCCAAGGAAGAAGGCCACCUAGAUAGCCAGAACCCAACCAACAUCCCAGGGGCUGGAGAGGGAGGUCCCAGGGGUGAUCAGUGCCCCGCCACUGUCUGCGGCCAAGCCAUCAGCCCUUUGUUGAGGCCUGGAAGUAGCCUGGACCAUCACCUCCCACCCAGCAACCCUCUGCCCUUGUCACAUGACCUCCCGGAUAUUCCUGUUCCGGGUGCCUUGCCCCUGCCUGAACACGGAGGGAACCUGGACAGUCAAAUUGCAGCGAGCUCACCUCUGUCUUUAUCUGAGAACCUCCUGGACGUUCAGGUUCCAGCUGCCACCCCUUUGCCUCAGCCCCAAGGCCUCACGGACAUUCAAGCCCAAGCCCUGCCUUCUUUGCCCAAGCAGGGCGACCCCCCAGCCAUCCAGGGCCCCACUGCCACAGCAUCGCCUCAGGAGCAUGGCCUUGGAGACACACAGGCCGCCAAACUCACACCUGUGUUCAGGCAGCAAGAACUCCCCAACAUGUGCAUUCCAGCCACCACUUUACCUGAGCAAGACAGGUCCCAGGACAUUCAAAGCCUGGUGCCCACCCCAGUCCAGACCACUGGGGCUUUAUCCAAAGCAGGAGGCUCCUCAGGCUCUCUUGUUGCCAGGUCAGAGUCUACAGACUUGACCCCACCCCACAGCCCCCCGCCCCCUACCCGUCAGCUCCUGGGCCCCAGUGCGGCUGCCCUCUCAAGAUACCUGGCAGCCUCAUACAUCAGCCAGAGCCUGGCUCGCAGACAGGGGCCUGGGGGAGAGGGCCCCCCAGCCUCCCGGGGCCCCUGGUCCUCUGCACCCACAUCUCGAGCACCUUCACCCCCGCCCCAGCCCCAGCCCCCACCGCCCCCGGCCAGGCGGCUCAGCUACGCCACCACGGUCAGCAUUCAAGUGGGAGGGGGGGGGCGGCUUCGGCCAGCCAAGGCUCAGGUCAGGUUGAACCACCCUGCUCUCUUAGCCCCCACCCAGGAGCCUAUGGGCCUUCACAGAGCCCAGGGAGCUCCUGAUGCCCUUUCCCACAUGUGAUGCAAGAUGUCAGGCUUCCCAAAAAGCAGUGACUUCAGCCAGUGCCACACACUCCCAGAAUUUCACCCAGAAAUCCUGACAUGGGUCUAGAAGUGGGUGCAGCUUUGUAGCCCCUUGGACCUGUUUUCACACAUGGCCCUUUUUGCUUUGAUCAACAGGGAUGAGGAAGGGAUGUCAUUAAUAUUUCGUUAACAUGGAACUGUGUGUUUUCCCCUUCUGAAUGUGUAUGGGGGGUUUGACAAGAUGUGAUGACUGGGAAGA